UAAUGUUCUUUAGAUUUUUUCAAAUUUUGACAAGUCCAUCUUUAUACACAACAAACUCUUGAAGCAUUUAUUGAAAACAAAAUUAUGUAUUUUGUGUAGUACAGUCAUAAUAGCAAAGCCGUGAAAAAACAUGGAUGGUGAACCGGAGACGUUAUCGGACACAGGAACAAAUUGCAAUCUGCCAUCCGCAUCCGAGACUAUAUCCGAUAACAAUCAAGCGAAACUCGAUUCGUUGGAGAAGAAAGCUGUUCAUUUAAGAUUAAUUUUGGAAAGAGAUUUUAAGGCUGCCGAUAUAAAAUGGAGCCUGUUUGUGGCUGCAGCUUUCAGUUUUAGGUACGAAAGUUGCUUGAGACCGUUUCCGCCUGCUUUCCUCAAGAAUGGUGUUAAAGACAUGGAUACAUUGCUUAGCAUUAUAACCGACGUACCCGCUCUAGAUUUGGUCUUGCAACAGCUAGAUAAUCUAGACAACUUGAGGAAUAUUAGCGACGUGAUCGAUUUGUUGUUUUAUGUUCUGGUCAGGUUAAAAGAGUCAACAUUGAAAACGGUGCCACCAGAAGCACAUGAAGCAAUAUUGAUGCAAGCCAAUUCUGUAAUGCCAGCUCCAAGACCGCAAUACAUCUUUCAAUUAGUACAUUCACCAAAGUCAAACUCUGAGAUAAAAUGGAGCGAAUUGUCAAAUGGUCUUAAAACGUUUUUUGCGUUUCAUGGAAAUCGAUUAGAAAAUUUCUUUUCGAUGCUGAAUUUCGGUAUUCAACAACAUCUGAAUAAGCCGACAACGCUGGGUAACGGUGUCUCUCUGUCUCCUGAGCUGAGUGUCAGCUUACCGUACAGCCAUGGCGGAUUCGGCUGGGGAGCGUCGUGUAUCGGAGGCCAUUUAUCGUGUGUGGCUCUGUGCGAAGUUAUAGACGCACCUGAUGGAAUAAAUUAUCGGAAGCCGGUAACAAAUGAAGGUGAUGGAGUUUACGAGGAUAAAGCGAAAGGUUCACAGGAUCAAAAUGGAGAUAAUCGAACUGUCCACUACGUGAUAACCAAUUGCGAUUUAGUUCGAGUUAAAUACCUCCUCGUGUACGCUAAACAACCUACUUCGAUGAGAUUUCCCACUGGAAACACAAACAGAAAUGGUGGUGGUAUUCGAGAAUGGCUUGCAAGGCAUAAGUUGUUUUCAAUUCUGCUCGGCUAUGGCCUUAUGCUAGCAACUAUCGGAUUCGCGAACAACCAUCCUAUGAACUACUAUUAUAAAAUGCUACUAAAAAAAAUAGAUAUAGCACUUAGUAACGUUAAAACAUAAUCUUAUAUCAAUUGAAAAUAAUAAAAUCGUCGCUGUUUGAAAGUCAAAAAUUGCGAAAUAACUCCGUUUUGUUACAUCGAGUGAUUGUUUUUUUUAAGUAUCUAUUGUAAGAUGUUUAGAUAAAAUGUGCAGUCCUGGGUGA